GCAAUUUUCCACCCCAAUAAAAGACUCUUCGCCCACCCACCUGUUUCUUUCUCUACCCUCCCGAAGAAUCAUCCCCACCAUCCUCUAUUCCUCUCCAUCUCCUAGAUCCAACUAAGGUUUCCUCCUUUGACUUCCUCCCAGCUAAAGUUCCCAACUUUGACCUAUCAUGAUAUGGAUUUGAGUUUUGGGGUCUCAAUUUCCAAACCCUAAAUCGCUGCCCUUGUUUUUAGUUUCUAUCAAGCGUAGAUGUCCAAAUCAUCUUUUAUGGUGAUUUGAAUUGAGAAUGACGAGGUUAAUCGGAGGAUCGAUGGGCGGAGGAGAACGACGGAUGAAUCUGAAGUCAAUGAGGAUGAGUUUCGUUGGAUGUAGGUUUUGGUUUCGAUCGGCAAUUGACUCGUACUCGGUCGCUUGCGAAGCAUUUUCUGAACAGCUUUUUGUUCUUUGAUUCCUAAUUAGGAAUCAACCCCCACCUCCACCACCCGAAAGCUUUUCGUCAUUUCGGUUUUGUUUUUUUGUUUUUUUUUUGAAUUCUUUACCGUCUUCUCGAUCGGGAUUGAUAUGGAUUCCAAGGCGGCAGCGGCAGGUUUGUUGUUUCCAGUGAAUGAAUUGUUUAGGAAAUCAAAAUGCAAAUUAGAGCCUGAUGGAGAUGAUAUUGUUGAGAGAUCACCAAAGGGUCGAUACAUCCGGUAUAAUGAAAUCUUGGGGAGAGGAGCAUCCAAGACUGUCUAUAAGGGGUUUGAUGAGGUUGAUGGCAUAGAAGUUGCUUGGAACCAAGUGAGCCUUGACCAUGCAUUUCAGUCACCGGAGCAUCUGGAGAGGUUAUAUUCAGAGGUUCACUUGCUCAAGACACUGAAGCAUGAAAACAUUAUAAAAUCCUACAGUUCUUGGGUGGAUGACAAAAACAAGACUAUCAACAUCAUUACUGAACUAUUUACAUCUGGAAGUUUGAGGCAAUAUCGGAAGAAACAUAAAAGCGUCGACAUAAAGGCCAUCAAGAAGUGGGCUAGGCAAAUUCUCCGAGGUUUAUGCUAUCUCCACAGUCACAGUCCGCCUAUUAUUCACAGGGAUUUAAAAUGUGACAAUAUUUUUGUUAAUGGAAAUCAUGGAGAAGUCAAAAUUGGAGAUCUUGGGCUGGCAGCCAUCAUGCAGCGACCUACUGCACGCAGUGUAAUUGGUACUCCUGAAUUCAUGGCUCCAGAGCUUUAUGAUGAGGAAUACAAUGAACUAGUUGACAUAUAUUCUUUUGGCAUGUGCAUGUUGGAGUUGGCAACGUGUGAAUAUCCAUAUAGUGAAUGCAAAAACCCAGCGCAAAUAUAUAAGAAAGUGUCAUCUGGUGUAAAGCCAGCCGGACUCUGUAAAGUGAAGGACUCCCAAGUCAAGGAAUUCAUAGAUAAGUGCCUAGUUCCAGCAUCUAUGAGAAUGUCUGCAUCAGAGCUGUUGAAUGAUCCAUUCCUUUCAAUUGAAAACCCUCAUGCGCCUUCACAGUUGCACAAUUAUGUUCCUAAGUCACUAAAUGUGCCAAAGGCCGAUUCAUUCGCCAUGGAAAUAGACAGUUGGCACGAUAAGUUUUCGUCUACUACUUGUACAAAAAGUGCUGGUGAAGCUACUCAUGUUUCAGCUUUAGAACUAAGGAGGAUCAAUGGCAAAAAUGAGUUCAAAUUGGAAGGGGUGAUAAAUGGUGAUGACUCAAUUUCAUUUACUCUGCGCAUCGCUCAGUCAUGUUGUCAUGCUCGGAACAUUCAUUUUGUGUUUUACCUUGCCCGUGAUACUGCACAGUCAAUAGCGGGUGAGAUGGUUGACCAACUUGAUUUGUCAAAUGAAGAUUUGACUUUCAUAGCUGAGUUGAUCGACAGCUUGAUCGUAAAACUUGUACCAAACUGGAAGCCCUCGUUUGGAAACUCUAGGAUUGAAGGAAGUCCAUGUGAGGAUUCUCCUCAUGUAAAUAAUCAAAGCUCUAUGAGAUGUUCUUGGGCUUCAAGAUCUGAAAGAGUUUCUGGUGAAGCCAUUUCCAAGGAGCAUGAUUCCACUUCAUAUGCGAAUAAGGAGGUCUUCCGAAGUGAAUGGAACAUGAGUUCAAAUGGGUUUGAAGGAUGCAAGGGUAGUUUCUCUAGAUCUGUCGUCAUGAACGAAAUCCUGAAGACUUCGGAGAUUUCUUUUCCAUGUAGUUCUCUAUCAAAUGAUGUCAGCUCGUUGAGUUUUUCUACUCAAUCUGUAGCAGAUGGCGAUCAGAGGGAUGAGUUGAAGCUGGAGCUUGACGCCAUUGACAUGCAAUAUCGCCGGUCUUUCCAUGAACUCCUCAGGAUGCGGGAGGAAGCAAUGGAAAAUGUCAAAAAGAAGUGGAUCUUGAGGAGGAAAAUUUCUGUUUGUUGAUGUAAAUACGUUUCUUGAUCCUACUUUCUUGCUCGAAAAGAGGGAAAGAGGAUUCAUCUGCGGAAUCUGAUGCUUAUUGUUGGUUUCAGUAACUAAUCAUUUUUUUCCUUUUCGAGAUUGAUUUAUCCAAUUUCAUUGUUUCAAAUACCGAGUGGUUAUGCUUUUUCUUGGUACUGGUAAAAAGCCUUGUAGAGCGAAUGUUGUGUAAUCGUUUUUCUUAAUUAUCUCAAGAUGAAGUUUGGCUGCGACA